ACAGUCACACACCUAGCGCAUGGUCAACCAGACAUACAAUGACCGUCAUGUAUGCAUUCCCACCCCGUCUCUUCCAUCCCAAACCAAGCUAACCACCCCCUAGACGGUCAACGGCACCCCCAUCGCAGCCCUCGCAUCAGGCGAAUGUAAGCGAAUCCCCUGGACGGGCCGCCAGCACCGCAUCAUGAGCGCCUUCCUAGCCCGCCACCGCCUCGGGCCCCUCGACGUGCGGCACAUGUUCCCGCCCAGCCACCGGUCGUCGGCCGCCCACGAGCACCCGGACGCCGACACGUGGCACAAACGCCUGCGGCUCGAGAUCGCAGAGGCUCUCGACUGCUCCUUCGACGCCGCCUUCAACCGCGUCGUCCACCCCAAGAUCUGCUCGGCCCUCGAGUAUAAGCUGGGUUGCCUGCUGAAGGCGGACCCGCCGCCGCUUGUUAGGGUGGCUGGUGCUGAUGCCGAGGCCGAGGGACGGUUUGUGAGGUGGGCGCCGUGGGCGAGGGCCUGGGCUGAGAGCGGGUGGGAUGGCGACGAGAGGACGCCCCGGGGGGUGGCCGGGGCUGAGGCUGAGGUCGAGCGACCGCCACCGCCUAUCAUUGAGCCGCGGACCCAGCCCGAGCCUCGGCCACCUCCUCGGGUCCAGGCUAGGCCCCACACCCAGAGCCAGACACAGGGCCGACCGCAAGCUCGACCCCAGCCCCAACCCCGGCCCCAAGCUCCAGCCCGGCCGCAGGGUCAGCCCCAAACCCGGCCUCAACCCUUGCCUCCGCUUCGGGCCCCGCCUCAGCCGCAGCCCCGGCAAGAAGACUAUGGCGACGUAGGGGACAACGGCGGCGACGGUGCACUGAGCGUGGACGGGAGUUCAGAUGGGGAUACGGACGGAUCCACGGAUGGGGGUACAGAUGGUGAUGGCGGGGAUGGCGGGGAGGGCGGCGACCUUCGUCGAGUCAACGAGACCAGGCCGUCUCCCAAAGCCCAAGCGCAUCCCUUGCCACCCCGCGGGCUACGCCAUUCUCGGCAUGCCGGGCCCGCCUCCAGCAGUGCGGUCCGCACCGGCUACCCACCUCCCGGGAACACGCAGGGAGAAGAAGCACCAGAUCAGCCCGCUCCUCGUCAAGGCAUCAUCGGCAAUGCAUUCGCGCGCCUUCCGUGGGCUCGGUCAAACCCAGCUGCGACUCCCGGGGACAAGGAGGGUACCGGCAACGCACUCGCACAUGUUCCCCCGGUUGCACCCCCCAAGAGCAAAAAGAAGGGAGGGAGGAAGACGAUGCCGGAGUAUCCCCCCGUUCCCCGUCACCGGAUCAUCCCACUACCCGAUCCGGCCGAGACGAAUGUUCCUCGACCUCCUCCUCAACCACCUCAACAUCACCAGCCUCCGCAAUCCCAACCCCAACCGCGGCCCCUUCAUCACCUGCAAGAUCCUCCCACGACUGUCCAAGUCCAAGGCAGACAUCUUAAUCCCCACCAUCUCUACACCCUCCCCCUCCGCACUCGACCGGAACCACAACCACCCAACCCAGCCCCAGCACCCCGGCUCCGCGCCCCCCACACCAUCCUAAUCGACUCCAUCGCCUCAGCAUCAACCCACCUCGCAACCCUCGACCGGUGCCGCCGCAUCCUCGAGGCAUCGCUGACGAGCCUUUUGGUCGAGAGCACGCGACGGCAUGACCCAGAGCUGGGCGAGGAGGUGGACAGGGUGCAGGCUGCGCUGGAGGAGGUGGAGAAGCGGGCGCGGGGGGUGGUGGCGGUACGGGAGGAGUUUGAGGGGGAGUUGAGGGAGGAGUGGGGGAGGAUUGCCCAAGGGGGAGGACGUGGAGGUGGGAGGGGCUUGGAUAAGGGCGUUGCUGAGGGUUUGGCGAUGGGGUUUCAGGUUGGGGUUGGGAGGUUGGAUUUGUUGGAGAGGACUUUGUGGAAUUUCCGACUGGGGGAUAACGAUUGAUAAAGAAAAAGAGAUGGGGUAUCGGGGGGAUACCGAUUUAUGAAGGAGAAAAAUGGGAGUCUCGAUUAAU